AGGAGCGCAGCGCGGCGCGCCGUCCGUCCCGGGAGCCUGUCCCGGAGUUUUCUUGGAGCGCCGCUGUCCCCGGGUCGCUGAUCCCAAUGCACCGGCUCAUCUUCGUCUACACUCUCGUGUGCGCAAACUUUUGCAGCUAUCGGGACACUUCUGCAGCCCCGCAGAGCUCAUCCAUCAAAGCUUUGCGCAACGCCAACCUCAGGCGCGAUGAGAGCAAUCACCUCACAGACUUGUACCGGAGAGACGAAACCAUCCAGGUGACAGGAAAUGGCCACCUGCAGAGUCCCCGAUUCCCGAACAGCUACCCCAGGAACCUGCUUUUGACGUGGCGGCUCCACUCCCAGGAGAAAACGAGGAUACAGCUGGCCUUUGACAACCAGUUUGGAUUAGAGGAAGCAGAAAACGAUAUCUGUAGGUAUGAUUUUGUGGAAGUUGAAGACAUAUCUGAGACCAGCACCAUUAUCAGAGGGCGAUGGUGCGGACACAAGGAAGCUCCUCCCAGGAUAACAUCGAGAACAAACCAAAUUAAAAUAACAUUUAAGUCUGACGACUACUUUGUGGCUAAACCUGGAUUCAAGAUUUAUUAUUCUUUCGUGGAAGAUUUCCAACCCGCAGCAGCCUCAGAGACCAACUGGGAGUCAGUCACAAGCUCUGUCUCAGGGGUCUCCUAUCACUCUUCAUCAGUAACGGACUCCACUCUCACUGCGGAUGCUCUGGACAAAACAAUUGCACAGUUUGAUACGGUGGAAGAUCUGCUCAAGCACUUCAGUCCCGAAUCCUGGCAAGAAGACCUUGAGAAUCUGUAUCUGGACACCCCUCAUCAUCGAGGCCGGUCAUACCAUGACAGAAAGUCAAAAGUUGACCUGGACAGGCUCAAUGACGACGUCAAGCGUUACAGCUGCACCCCCAGAAACUACUCGGUGAACCUACGAGAGGAGCUGAAGCUGACCGGCGUGGUCUUCUUCCCACGUUGCCUGCUCGUGCAGCGCUGCGGAGGCAACUGUGGCUGUGGGACCGCCAACUGGAAGUCCUGCAAGUGCGCCUCAGGGAAGACUGUGAAAAAGUAUCACGAGGUAUUAAAGUUUGACCCUGGCCAUUUCAGGAGGAGGGGCAGAUCGAAGUACAUGGCUCUCGUUGACAUCCAGCUGGAUCACCAUGAGCGAUGUGAUUGUAUCUGCAGCUCCAGGCCACCUCGAUAAAGGAAUGUGCACGUGCAUUAAGCAUGAAAGAUCCUUUAGCUUAAGGAGGGUGUGUUAAGACACCCUUUUCCCACCAGCAACCGAACUUCCUACUAGCCUGCAAAGCAAUGAAUACAAGUGGUUGCUGACUUUCAGCCUCGCUUUGUUAGUGCCAUGGCAAGUAGAAAGGUGCAUCGUCAACUUCUAUAUCCAAGAAUAUAGGAUUGCAUUUAAUAAUAGCAUCUGAGGAUAUAUCCAUGUCUACAUGUAAAUAGGUGAAAUGGUUCAUUCAGUAUAUAACCAGGUACACCAGAGAUUACAUAAGGUUGAGUCAUGUAGAUCCUUAAACUCUUUUGACAAAAUAAGGGACAUACUAAAUACAUGCUACAUGUCUUUGGAAUAUUCGGAAGAUUAAUUUAUUUUUAAAUUUUUAAUCACCAAACAAUUUUGGAUCUUGCUCUUUUAAAGAAGACACCUUAUAUAUUAAAAACCAACAGAUGAGCUUUUCUUAUGUAUGCAUCUUAAAUAUAAAAAAGGAAAAAUAUGGUUUCUGGAGAAAAUGCACAAACAAACCAUUUUUUCUCAUGAGAUACACUACAUACUUACCUAUGUAGACAAUAAUUACCUGUCUCCAAAAGUAUGCCACAAUAGUACAGGUGCUUUGGAAAUUAAGUCAUUAAGUCUCCUUUUUGAGCAUCUUGCUGAGGCAUGCAAAUUCAUUUAACACCAGCCUCAAAAAAAAUCUCUCAGAGGGUUUAUUAUUAUAAUCCUACAAGAGGCAAUUUAUAAGCUGUAGCAGAAAUUUUAAUUGUUUCUCUCCAAAAACUCAUCCUCAGAAGUAACUUCUUUGGAGAAUGGCCUGGGGACUCUGUGUGAGCCUUUCAGAAUACCGUUCGUUGAAAGAUUUGGGUAGCUGAAAGUCAAAAAAUUAAGCAUUGAAGUAUUAACCUAACUGGAAAUUGGACAGAAUACUUGAUAGGAUCCAUAUUUAAUAAUGGAUUCAAACUCUCCAAACUAUGCUAAUUAAUUUUAUGUAUUUCACUUUUGUGUUCCUGUCUCUUCGAGAUACAGACAUGGAUUUACAAUGGCAUUUUGUAUUUGACAAGCCAUCAUGGAUUGUUUAUAGCCUAAAAACUUUUGUGUAUUAGUGAAACCCAAAUUUAUUGAUGUAAAUCCCUAAUCAUGUACUCACCAUCUCAGAAGCCCCAUUUCUGAACUAAGUGAAAUCAGAUCUGGGGGUCUCUAGUUCUCCUGCAAAUCUAUGGAGCUUGUUCUAAGAAACCACAUUGCAGACUGUGGGAGCACGAGUUUGGCCCUGCCCCGCCGCUAGAAAACUGUUUCUGCGUUGGUGGUUAUCAUUGGUAUUUAGAGUGAUUUUUCCUCUCUGGCUGGCUCCUCACAGUCUAUUUGAAGGGAGACUGACUCCAGGAGUAGGAAAUGAUUCAUCUUUCUUCAAAGCAAGGCUCUUAAGAGAGCAACACUGAAACCAAGAUCGCUCAGGGGCUGCUCAGAGAGAACUGCAUUUUUCUUGCUGCCUUGAAAGAAAAAGAGAGAGCCGAUUUCUUUCAUGAGUCCAGGUCCCUACUGACUAAAACCAAUUUGAGUGAAGGGUAUAUGACUGGUGCUUGUUAAGUCCCCGUGUCAGAUGAGUGGCCACAAUAUACUUGGAAUUUUAAGCACGGUGCACCCAGGACCAAAUUCUCAACUAUCCUUAGCUCAUUUCUUCUCAGCUCUUUGAUAUGAAAGGCCAAUGCUUAUUGAAGAUCCACCUUAAAAAAUGUGUCCAAGGGGUGAGUGGGGAAAUUAAAUAGAGAUUGUUUGGUUGUCCAAAAUCCCAGAGUGCAAUCAGCAGUAGCUGAGACAGACACUAAUAACCAGGACUCACUCUGCUCCUGCAUGACGCUUUGCAAGUUUCCUAUGAAAACAUCGGAUCCCUGCACCCAAAUCAAAACGUGUUACAUCACGUUAGCUUGUUCGGCUUACAUCGUGUCUGUGAGUAGGAAAAAUGAGUGUUCUACCCAAUUUUCAAUAAACCUCCCAGGCUGCAAUAACCAAAAGCCCUAUCUGUUCUUAUUUAUUAGCUGAAAUGUAAGCAGGCAUAUUCACUCGCUUUUCCUUUUCCUUUCCUCCGUGUUUAUUAAAACUUCUCCUUUGGUUGUCUGUUAUCUAUUGCACUUCCAAUAAAUCUGUUUCAUCGCCAUCAGAGGAGCAAAAAACUCACCGUACAAAUUGUAUUUCAAAACAAACCCUAAUAAAUCCACCCGAAAUGAUGCCUUUCAUUCAAUAUGUUCUUAGAGGGCAAAACACUUCCAAAGGUAGAAUUUCUGUUUUUGUCAUAUUGGUAACAUGCAGCUUUUCCCCCUCACAGCAAAUGUAAUGUGCCUCUUAUCUUCGUGAAAAAUAAAUGUUGCUUUUGAACAAAA